UCAUCUUACAGUUUGCCAUCUCAAAUCCCAUUAUGACUGAGCUUUUCACCUCUUCCAACAUCCCUGGUGCAAUUGUCACCUAUGUUGGGAGAACCUUCAAUGAACCUAUUGAGUUCAACCUCCAUAGCUUCAAGGAAUUCUUUGCCUCCCGCAGACUUUCCGACCCCAUAACUCUUGAUCUCUAUGAAUUCAAAGCCUCUGGAAUCGACAUUUCACCCUUCAUUAGGAACCUUGGAUGGGAAUUCCUUCUCCAUUAUCCUCCUCUUGCUAAUUGUCCCUUACCUCUCAAAACAUUCUAUGCAAACCUUGACUGUCAAGGUAUCAUCACCAGAAAACUGACUACCCUAGUUAAUGGAUACUUCAUCUCUCUCACUGUUGAGGCUAUUGGUGUUCUGCUGAAUCUUCCUAUUGAUGGACCUCUUCCCCUUGCUCAUGAGGAUGAAUUCCUCUUCUAUGACUUUGAUUAUGAGGUUGAAUACUCUCGCAUCACUCAGCGACGAGUUGCUGCCAAUGAAGUAAUCACUUCUGCUGAUCUGAACCCCACCCUUCGCACUCUCCACUACUUUAUCACUCACCUCUUCCUCCCUCGUACUCAUGACCUUAAUAUUGUCACCAAACUUGAUCUCUGGGUCCUUUCAAAUGCCCUGACCGGCAAAAAAUUAGAUUAUUCACAACUCCUUUUUGGCUCCAUACUUCGAAGUGUUGAUGCUCACCUUGAUGGUCGUCUUCCUUAUGGAGGGUUCAUCACCUUGCUGUUGUCCAAUCUUGGUCUCUCCCUCAAUGGACAUUCCUCUGUCGAGACUUCAGUCUUUGUUCCUGCCCUUACUGUCCUGAACUACAUAGGGGUAGACCCUCAGCCUUCGAAAGGGGUAGAAUCAUUCGACCCAGCUACUGUCAGACUCACCAAGCAUAGAUCUAAAACCUUGCAACUUGGGGAGCCAUCUUCCAUUCGCAAAAAUCUGAUCAUUUCCUUUGAAGAAGAAGAAGCUGAACUUGAACCUGAAACUGUAUCUGAAGAGGAAAUCCGCUUAUUUGCUGAAGAUCUUGAGAGGGAAAUGAUGGAGGCUGUGUCUGGCUAUCAGGGGGAGAAUGCUAUGGAAGAGGAUACUGAAAAUCAAAGGAAAAAUAUGAUGGAGGGGGAUGUUGGGACUCAGAGGGAGCCAAAAGAAAACUUAGUCCCGAAAGAUUAAAGAAAACUCAUAAAAUAAAAACUAUCUGAACUAGUCCUUCUUGCUCCAUGUCACUGGUUUGAAAGACCAUAAUGGUCUAUGCUAGUAUUUCUUGCUCCUUGUCUAUGCUUUAAAAUAAAAAGACCAUAAUGGUCUAUGAAUGAGUUUGAUGAAUGUGUUUGAUAUGUUCUGAUGAGCUGAUAUGAAAGUAUUUUAAGACCAUAUGGGUCUAAACAAUGAGUCAUGAGAUAUUUUUUGCAGAAUAAAUUAAUCUUAUGAUCCAUGCCUGAUAUGUGCUCCAUUGUCUUAACUAGGGAUGCUAUCCUACAGUCUAUCUUAACUGAGAGAACUUGAGAGAAUUAUCUGUCUGGUUUAUGUUCUGUAAGAAUGUUCACUUGUGAAGAUUGAAUUGGUGUUGAUGAUACAGGAAUGAGAGCUUGAUCGCAGGGGGAGAUUGUUGGGCCCUUGGCCCAAAAAUGUCUCGAAAUAAAGAGAGACAAAAGCCUACGCCUAUGAGCCCAAGCUUAUCCGCGGUCAACUUCGAGACUGUCAAAGGCGUCUUCGCUUUCAUUCCCAUCUCCAUCCAUCAAACACCAAAAGGAAAUCGCAGUCGACCAUCAUCGGAAAUCAUUCCCUUCACUACCAACGGUCAUGACGUUAAAGAAGAGAGAGAGCAAAGGCGAGGAUCGAAAGUCUACUUAAAGGCAACUCAAAGGAGGAAUUUGGCAACGGUUUCCUAUCUCAGUAAGAACUGGGGUGUCCUUUGGGAGAUCAGGUUAGGGUUCAGGUUAAGUGUCUGGAGAGCUUGAGUUGGGGCUUUCUGCCAGGAACUCAAGCUCAUAUGGGCGUAGCUCCUGCAUUUGUUCUUCUUUCCUUUUUCAAUCUUCUUUUCUUUGUGAGACAAUUUGUUGAACACUUGAUUGAAUUAUGAUUGAGUUUUCUCAGUAGUUCAUCUGCCCUUGUUAAUCGAGCUCAAUUGAAUUAAACAGAAACAUCUGUAUUCUGAAUUCUUUCACUGAAGGAAUGAAACAAUAGACAUAGAUGUUUAACAGUUCUUUAUAUCUAUACGGUAUGGGCAAUAUCCAUAACUUCUAUCGAUAAAAGUUAAAUCAUAGAAUAACCAUGCUGAAUGCGACGAAGAGAAGCAAAUCCUUGCAAUUUCAUCAGAAAAAUCACUUACAAAAUUAACAAAUAAAUGGUCUCCGAUAAUACCAAGGUUUUAGCGCACACAAAUUGAAAAGUCAUUAGAGGAUAUAAACUAUGCAGAACACUUCCAACCAUUCCACGCGUCUCCUGCAAAAAGAAACAACCAAUAUUAAGUUGCUAUACAAAGCAUGAUUAGGCCCACCAGGCCCUUGAGGUGGCCAGGUGCCCCUUUUAACCACCGCAUGGACUUAAGCAGGAGAAGCCAAACGAGGAUGUGUCUUCUGUUGGAUAGUGACGUCCCUCUCAAGCAAAGAGGAACGGCGUCGUAUUGCAUCCCACCAUCACAGUGACGUCGUCCUUCAAAGUCUCAACAAAACUAAAUCACUGUCGUUUCGAACCACAGCACAACGCUUCCAAUCUCAGCAAACCAACCAUCAUCCAUCUGUGCUCGCUCCUCGUUCAGAGAUAUCCAUUUCCACUUUCCUCGCUUCUCUCUCUGGAACUGGAGACAUCUUCCUCGAAGCUUGUUUUUCUCGAAGCCUGCAUCUCUUGAUAAUCAUCAUAGUAAAUACCCUCUUCUUGGAUAAAAUUGGUCAUUUUUU